AAUAAAUAAAUAAAAGAUUUGACAAAUAAAUAAGUAAAUAAAUAAUAAAAGAUUUGACAAGAAAUAAAAUACAUUACAAUGGAAAUAUUUGUUCCAUUAAUUCGAUAUAUAUCUGCUAUAUGUAUCUCCAAUUUAUGAACAUGCACAUAUUGGCAAGAUAUAAACAGAUCGAUCCUGUUGAGAAACCCCGCAGGCAAUCAGCUGAUCAUACAUUCAUAUCUGUGAGCUCGAAGCGCGCGCCUGUCGAUCGAUCCAUCGCCACACCACACUGCUGUUGCUCGGCGUCUUCUCGCGACCAGAAUCACUGCAUUACAAGAAAUGCGGGCGCCGUUCUGCCUCCUCCUCGUCGUCGGUGUGCUCCUGCUGCUUCGGUGGCCGGCGUCGAGCCUCGCUUCGGUGCAAGUGGCCAGGACCAUCACCGUGGACCAGCGCGGUGGAGGGGACUACACGACGGUGCAGUCGGCGGUGGACGCUGUGCCGGACGGCAACAGCCAGUGGAUCAAGAUCUACGUCAAGCAAGGGAGCUACAGAGAGAAGGUGAUAAUCCCAAGCGAGAAAGGCUUCAUCUUGCUCGAAGGUGACGGCUCCUCGUCAACGGACAUCAACUUCGACUCGCACGUCGACGACGCCGACGCGCCCGGCAUCGCCCCUAUCACGGGCCGCCUGCGCGGCAACCUCGCGGAAAUCUCGCCAACGUACAACAGCUCCACCUUCACAGUCCAUUCCGACAACUUCGUCGCCCGCAACAUCGCCUUCAAGAACACGUACAUCGGCAAGCCGGCGGUUGCGUUCCUCAUGGACGGCGACAAGGGCGCGUUCUACGACUGCGCCUUCCACGGGUACCAGGACACGCUCUCCGACCUCGCCGGCCGUCACUACUUCCGCCGCUGCCUCGUCGAGGGCGCCGUGGACUUCAUCUUCGGCUACGGGAAGUCCAUCUACGAGGACUGCACCCUCCAGUCCAACAUGGCGGCGGCGUCCCAGCAGCCCGGGUGGGUGACGGCGCACGGCCGGGCCGCCGACAAGAGCGCCGCGUUCGUGUUCAAGGGCGGUUCGAUCACGGGCUCCGGGCAGCAGUACCUCGGCCGCGCGUGGAACGAGCAGGCCACCGUCGUGUUCUACCAGGUGAACAUGGCCGGCAUCGUCGUCCCGCAGGGGUGGGACAAGUGGACCCCCAGCCAAGAUGUGUCAAAAGUGACGUUUGCGGAGGUCGGAUGCAGCGGCCCGGGUUCCGCCACCGGAGGAAGAGUGCCAUGGGAGAAGCACAUGGACAACGCAGAGGUUCAGAGAUUCGUGGACAUCGGGUUCAUUGACAACGGUUGGAUAUCCAAUCAACCCUAGUUGUGGCUCCAAAAAAAAGGAAAAAGAAAAAAAAAACUAGUUGUGGCGGGAUAGCUAGUAGCGAAAUACAUCCAGAUGUAUAUUCAAGGUUCAUGGUCUGAUGUAGUGGGGAAGAAGGGCUUAGGAUUGACCAACAAGACAAAGAAAUUAGGAAUUUCGUAGGAAAUUUAGAGAAUCUCAAUCCUUAUUAAGAAGUUUAUAUGUAUGGGCCUCUU